AUGUCGUGGGCAGCAGUUGCGCAGAAGGCGAAGGAUGCUACGGCAACAAAUAAAGAGCCAAAGCGGGUUGUUUUUGCUCCCGCCGUUGAGUCCGUAGGUGAUGGCGGUAAUGAACGCGAGCAUAUUGAUGUCAGUAGGACAAGUUGUCAUGGGGUGGGGACAGCAAUUCCUGCUUACCAAAAGGGUCUUCUCAUUCUUGACGCAAAUGCCUUUAUUAAGGGGAUGGACAACUUCAGUGACGUGGCGGAUGUACUGGUGACAACUCCGCAGGUUGUCGCGGAGGUGCGGGACCGCGCCGCCCGUGAAUUACUGAGCCGUUUUUCGCAGGUUCUGCAUGUCUUGGAACCCUCGAAGGAGGCAAUUGCCGCUGUUGUGAGUGUCGCAGAGAAGACGGGUGAUUUGGGCGCCAUGAGUCGAACAGACAUUCGUCUUUGCGCAUUGGCGCUGUACUGCUGUAAAGCCACGAACUCUCUACAGCCGCCUAUUGAGCCACGACAGGCCGUCAUUAAUCCUGACGGCGAUCAUGGAACUGAAAUAGUGACGGACGCUGUGCCGGAUGAGGGGAAUGAUGAUAGUGAGGCGGCGAGUAAUGGGAGUGAAGAUGGGGAGGAUGAAAAUGAUGAUGAUGAGGGAUGGAUUACACCGGAGAACAUCCACCAACAUCUACGAGGAGCAGCGGAUGCUGUGGGGGAGCGUUUUGACGGAGGUGUUGCAUGCGUCACCUCCGACUACGCGAUGCAGAACACAUUAAAGCAUCUGGGCGUCUCCAUUGUUGGGCCGCAUGGCAUGCGCAUUCAAGAGCUCCGGCAGUGGCUUCUUCGAUGCACCUCUUGUUUUGCACUCACAAACGACACAACGCGGCAGUUUUGUGGCACAUGUGGCAGUGGGAACACGCUGAGACGCGUACAGUAUGUUGUAACACGUGAGGGCAAAAAGCAGCUUUUUAUCAACUUUUGCAAGCCCAUCAGCACACGUGGCACCGUCUACAACCUUCCAAAACCACGUGGGGGGAAGCGUGGAACAAACCGCUGCCUUGUGCUGCGGGAGGAUCAGAUGGCGCAUGUUAUCCGCGGCACAACGUCUGCCAAGCUGCGGGAGAAGCACGUCGUGCGUGGCAGCGGUAACGACGAGGAGUUGGCAGCGUUUGGUGAGGUCCCAAAGCCGCAUAAGCGAGACGUGAACCAACCGCGCAUGUUUUCUUCGUACCAUAAGUACAACGUGAACGAGAAGAAGAAGUCUCGUGCCUCCCGACGGAAGUAA